CUGUAGCCGGAGCGCAGUUGCGAGGGCGGUCGUGGACGCGGACAGAGGGUCGCGCAUAUGCUCUCACAGCGCGGGACCUGGGAGGAUUACAGCCGCCGCGAGAGGACCCUCGCUGCGCCUUUCGGAGGGGCCGACUCACUGUGGAUGUACUGACACCAACGGAAUAUAAAGAAGGGGAUUACUUACAAAAGGCCGGAACGUCCAUAACCAUGGAUGGGCUGAGGACGUAUGUCGUCUGUGGGGGCAUUUUGGUGCUGCUGGUUUCAGUCACCUGCGGACUGUCGCCACCGACCAUCGUGUCCAACGAGGAGGAGUUCGUCCUGCAGCCCAACUCCGUGUUCAACAUCAGCUGCACGGGGAAAAGGAACGUGGUGUGGGCCGAACCCCUGCCAGCGAACACCUUUGUGUACCCGGGCUACUACACGGCAACGCUCUUCAUCUACAACGCCACGGUGGAAAACACCGGCUACUACAUGUGCGUGUAUGAAACCCAGGAGGCCGAACUGGAGGGUGGAGAGGAGGAAUACAACGAGGCGGGGAUAUACGUGUUUGUGCCAGAUCCGACGGCCCCGUUUGUCCCCGAGACCCCCGACAACCUGGAAGUCGCCAUGGACACGACCGGGGUGGCCAUCUCAUGCCGUGUGUCUGACCCUUCCUCGGACGUCAUCCUGAGGAGUGUCCCCAGCGGGGAGGAGAUGCCCGCCUACUACGACAACAAGAUGGGCUUCUUCGGGAACCUCUCUCCCGGGCAGUACCGGUGUGAAACCACCCUGAGGGGCCAGACGUUUCGAAGUGCAGUUUAUACUGUGAAAGUGGAGGCCCCCGCAGAGAUGGAGGAUUUCAACCUGGAGGUAAAAGCCAGCGAGGAAAACCUGAGAGCCGGGCAGCCGUUCAGCAUCACCUGCAUCGCACCCGCUGGCCUGGGUUUCCACCAGCAGUGGCUCCAUCCUAAAAAACAGGCUACGGAUGCAGUUCAGAUGAAAGAGUCUUUUCCCGACCGGGUCACCUACACCCUCUUUAUCCUCAAAGCCACCGCUCAGGACAGUGGCACCUACGAGUGCUCCAUCACGCACGAAAUCAGCGGAGACGUCAGAGUCAGCAGCGUGGCCGUCACCGUCUUCGAGGAGAAUUCCUUUCUGGUGCUGGACCACAGUGGGAUCCUCGCGGUGGAGUUUGUGAGCCUUUUGGAGGAGACAGAGUUUACCAUUCUCAUUGAUGCCCACCCUGCCCCCAAAGUGACGUGGCUGAAAGACGGAAAAGACAUGCUGGGGAACUACUAUGUCCUCACCAAAACAAGCCACCUUGAAGGGAAUCGGUAUCAAAGCAUUCUGACAUUACGGCAGCCUAUGGAGAAGGACAACGGGAACUACACCAUUACAGCCCUGAGCGGCUCUCGCACUGCUCAGUUCUCUUUCAACCUCAAAGUAAAAGCCCCCACCACAAUGAUGUUCCCACCCUCCUCAGCCCCUGUGCUGCUGCCACAGAUAGACGAGAUGGUGGUGCCCCUCCACACUCCUUUCACCUUGACGUGCCGCGGGGAGGCGAAGCUGGCCUGGGAGACGCCGCUCGACGUGGUGGAGCUGACGCAGGAGGACAACAGCGGCCUGUUUGUCACCACCAUCACCGUGAAUACGGCCACCGCACUGCACACCGGCUACUACACGUGUUUCUACAGCAGGAACACCACUGAGGAGACGGAGGACAGCAGCAUCUAUAUCUAUGUGCCAGAUCCCAAUGUCCCCUUCGUGCCGUCGCCGGUGCCGUUCGGUAACCACGUCCUGUCCGACCACGAGGAGAUGGAGAUCCAGUGCCGGGUGUCUGAUCCCACAGCCAACGUGACCCUGGUUAAUGUUGACACCCAGCAGCCUGUGCCCAGCGUGUAUGACAGCAAGAGGGGUGCGCUGGGGGUUUUCACUGCUGGAACCUACGUUUGUAAGGCCCUCAUAAAAGGAGAAGAACACUACAGCGGGGAAUACAUCGUCCACGGCUGGACAGGUGGUGCUGCGCUGCACGUCGAGCUGACGGCCAAGCGCACUGCUCUCCUGGUGGGUGAAACCAUCACGGUCACCUGUCUGGCUCGGGGAUCGGAGAUUCUGGAAGACCACUGGAAAUACCCUGGCAAACUGGCUAAUCGUGGAAUCAAAGCGGUGCAUGAGAACAAGAGGGAUCAGGAGAUCCUCUACACCCUGACGAUCCCACAGGCUACAACCAAAGACAGCGGCAUCUACUCUUGCUCCAUCACCGACAUCAUUAGUAAUGAGAGCCAGACAAAGCAACUAUCUAUUAGAGUUUUUGCAAGCGAGUUUUUGUCCAUCUGGCCACAGUUUGGAGAGUAUGAAUCAGCAGAGCUGGAUGAGGUCAAGGAGUUCAGCGCCAAGAUCAACUCCUUCCCCAACGCUCACGUCACGUGGCUCAAAGACGGCACCCCGCUCAGCGAUGUGACGGCCGAGAUUUUCCCCAGCCUCCGGAAGAUCAGCGAGACCAGCUACAUGAGUGUUCUCACCCUGAUCCGGGCCAAAGAGGAGGACAGCGGCAACUACACCAUGCGAGUGCAGAAUGGGAACCAGAGUCAGCACGUUGGCUUAGUCCUGGAGGUCAAAGUACCUGCAGUCAUUGUGGAGCUGAUGGACAUCCACCACGGCUCAGCCACGGGCCAGUCUGUGGUGUGUAUUGCCAGAGGGCAGCCCACUCCUGUGGUGGAGUGGUUCAUCUGUAAGAACAUCAAACAUUGUGCCAACGACUCCUCCUCCUGGGUGCCCCUCCCCACCAACUCCACCAAGAUCACCGUGGACUCCCACAUGGACGAGGACAACAACCUGGAGAGCCAGGUCAUGUUCGGCCACCUGGAGAACACACUGGCAGUCCGCUGCCUGGCCAAGAACGAAAUGGCCGCCGUCAGCAGGGAGGUCAAACUGGUGUCUAAUGGCCCUCACCCCGAGCUGACUGUAGCCGCCGCCGUGCUGGUGCUCCUGGUCAUUGUCAUCAUCUCACUCAUUGUCUUGGUUGUUGUCUGGAAACAGAAACCGCGAUAUGAGAUCCGCUGGAGGGUCAUUGAGUCCGUGAGCCCAGACGGCCACGAGUACAUCUACGUGGAUCCCAUGCAGCUUCCCUACGACUCCAGAUGGGAGUUUCCCCGUGACAGACUCGUGCUCGGUCGUAUCCUGGGCUCUGGAGCCUUUGGGAAGGUGGUGGAGGGCACGGCCUACGGACUGAGCCGCUCCCAGCCUGUCAUGAAGGUGGCAGUGAAGAUGCUGAAACCCACGGCACGCUCCAGCGAGAAACAAGCCCUGAUGUCAGAACUGAAGAUUAUGACUCAUCUUGGACCUCAUCUCAACAUUGUUAACCUCCUGGGAGCAUGCACCAAGUCAGGCCCCAUCUACAUCAUCACAGAGUACUGCUUCUACGGGGACCUGGUCAACUACCUGCACAAGAACAGGGAGAAUUUCCUGAGCCUCAACCCAGAGAAAACUAAAAAAGAGCUGGACAUCUUUGGAAUCAACCCCGCAGAUGAGAGCAGCAGGAGCAGUUAUGUGAUCCUGUCAUUCGAGAGCAAAGGAGACUACAUGGACAUGAAGCAGGCUGACAACACUCAGUAUGUGCCCAUGCUGGAGAUGAACAAUGCCUCCAAGUACUCAGACAUCCAGUCAUCCAACUACGACCAUCCACCCUCGCAGAAAGGCUCAAGUGAGGGCGAGCUGGACGACCUGUUGUCAGAGGACAUGAACGAGGGCCUCAGCACCACCGACCUGCUCAGCUUCACCUACCAGGUGGCCAAGGGAAUGGAAUUCCUCGCCUCCAAAAAUUGCGUGCAUCGGGACCUCGCAGCCAGGAAUGUCCUCCUCUCCCAGGGCAAGAUAGUGAAGAUCUGUGACUUUGGACUUGCCAGAGACAUCAUGCAUGACAACAACUAUGUCUCCAAAGGGAGCACAUUCCUGCCUGUGAAGUGGAUGGCACCAGAGAGUAUUUUUGACAACCUUUACACUUCCCUCAGCGAUGUUUGGUCCUACGGCAUCCUCCUCUGGGAGAUAUUCUCCUUAGGUGGCACCCCAUACCCGGGGAUGGUCGUGGACUCAAGCUUCUACAACAAGAUCAAGAGUGGAUACAGGAUGUCCAAGCCCGAACAUGCACCUCAUGACGUAUAUGAAAUGAUGAUGAAGUGCUGGAACAGCGAGCCAGAGAAGAGGCCUUCGUUCCUGGGUCUGAGUGAAACUGUCUCUUCUUUGCUGCCCUCCAGCUACAAGAGGCAUUAUGCGAGGGUAAACCACGACUUCCUGAAGAGCGACCACCCCGCUGUGACUCGGGUGUGCAUUGAAAGUGACGACGCCUACAUCGGCAUCACCUACAAGAACCAGGGCAAGCUGAAGGACAGGGAAAGCGGCUUUGACGAGCAGCGGCUGAGCUCCGACAGCGGCUACAUUAUUCCCCUCCCCGACCUGGACCCUAUAUCUGAUGAUGAAUAUGGAAAGAGGAACAGACACAGCUCUCAGACAUCCGAGGAGAGCGCCAUCGAGACCGGCUCCAGCACAUCUACUUUUGCGAAGCGCGAGGGCGAGACCCUGGAGGACAUCACGCUGCUGGACGAGAUGUGUCUGGACUGUAGUGACCUAGUAGAGGACAGCUUUCUGUGACAACUGCCUGGUCUGCAGAGCGGAAGCAGCAAGUGAAAGGGGUGUAAGGACAUAAGGUACUAGAGAAAAGACUUAGCCAAAGACUCUCAAAUCUGCCCUCAAGCCCCGCCAUCCCUCCUCCUUGAUCCCCCUUUCGGAGGACAGGACAAAACCACAUCACUGUCUGGGUUAGUCUGUGGUGAAAGAACCACACGCCCUUCCCUUCUUCCUGGACAUUGCCCCCUGCUGGGCUGGAGGAGUGAGUGAGCGUUGGUGAAAUCACGACAUCGAGGACUGGAACGAGCCACAGCCACUGGGCCUGUGAGUUGGACAUAUCGAGAUAAGGCAGAUGAAAAGAUUGUCUCUUUAAAUUUGCAGGGCUUCGUUCUAAUCGGCAUUCUUUAAACAGUGAUAUAAGCCAGAGGAGACAAAUCAAACACGUAGGUCAGCAACUCUAAAUGAAGAAACAUCACAGGAUAUCAUAUGAUAUACAUAUAUAUUUAACCACUACAGAUGCACUAUUUAAACUAGAGGAGUCCAAUACUAGCGACAGCAUUGGCGGGCAAACUCACCCCACCCCCACCUGCUGCGAGAGAAGCACCUGAUGCUGGUACAAUCAGUAGCAAUACUUGGAUUUAAAAGCACAAAAUCUGGACUAUGUGCAUUUCUUUUCUGUAUGACCAUAUUCUGUUUUUAGUGGUUAAAUACUUGCAGUAAUUCAAAUUUAUUUUUUUACUUCAUUAAUGUUUAAACAUGUAUUAUUUGUGAAUACCGAGUAGAUAUAAACCAUAUCCGUUUGGAUGGUUAUGAAAAAAAGAGAGCCUAUGAGUUGCAAGUGUCCUCGCAGUGUCUCGCCCAAAUUAAAACCCAACGUUCGCAAAUGUCAUCCCUGACAAGACUACGGUCAUAUCUGUCAUAUGGGCUCUGAUAGAAAAAAAAGGUGUGAUUGUAUUGUAAAUAGCUCCAGAGUUGUUUUAUAAGAGAGAAUUAUUGGGAUAACGGUCAAGUAUUUUAUAUAAGCACAUUUAUGCUUCUGAACCCAACGCUUUUAAUAAAAACAGUACAACAAAGGAAACAUAACGUUUCCUUAAUGAAGACAUUUGCCAACACAGUGGUCAGCAAAGAGUCUUAGAAAACAUUUGUGGAUUACAAAGUUUCAAGAGAAAUAUUCAUGUGUCAGUUUAGCCGUUGUACUUACGGGAAUCAUAGGAUAAAAGGGAUACAAGAAAAACUUUGUUCAAGUUCCUCAUGUUGGUAAACAUGCUAUUAUUGGCCCGAAAAUGAUUAGAUCCUAUCGCGGUGCUUUAUGAGCAGGUUAUGUCUUCCAGUCUCUUAUGUUAUCUACUGUCCUGAAGUCUAUUAGCAGGUUCUAGUUAUACUAAGACACUAGAUGAACUAGAGAUUCAUGUUGAUCUGAUGUCAUACAUCAGUUAUGUGUAGACUCUUUGUAAUCCCUCAUAUCCUUCAGCUACUGUACCAGCUACGCCACUGCCUCUCUCUGUUGACUGUGAUAUAAUCUGCAAUUGUUGUUGCACUUUUCUUUUACUUUCUCCAUUUUGUUGUGGGUGUUGCAGACGAGUUAGCCGCUUUAAAAAAAACAAAAACCCCCAGAAAAGUCUGACUUUGGCUUCAGAUGUUAAAAGCAGCAUGGAUGUGAAUGUUUGUGCCACAGGUGAUUGAUGUUUUGUUGACGGUACAGUAUCUGUAAUUAUAGGUAAUCACACCCAAUAUGAUUCAGUACUAUGUUUCAUUAUUUUACAUCAUGUACAUUCAGAUGAUUUAUAUUUCAAUAAAUGAUUUAUAAAGUAAAA